CCUGUGAAGACAGCAAUGAGAGAGGAUGUAUCUGCUGAUUACUUUGACUUGGGGAUUGCCUGUGAAGACAGCAAUGAGAGAGGAUGUAUCCGCAUGUCGGUGGAAAUUAAACACGCAGAGUUUUGCCUGAAAUACAACUUAUUCUCUGUCAUUUACUCCUACAAAUGCAACGUUGAGAUGCAACCACUUCAACAGGUUAUGGGCUCAGGAGUCAUUCAAAGCGCCUCCAACAUGGACGACCCCAACAGACCUCAGCGCAAAAUGUCCACGGCAGGGGACAGCCUGUACAAAAUCCUAGGCUUGCAAAAGGGAGCAUCGCCCGAACAGAUAAAAAAGGCCUACAGAAAGCUGGCGCUGCGGCACCACCCAGACAAGAACCCUGACAACCCCGAAGCAGCUGAAAAGUUUAAGGAGAUCAACAACGCAAACUCCAUCCUGAGUGACGAGAACAAGCGUAAGAUCUACGACGAGUAUGGCUCCAUGGGCCUCUAUAUAGCCGAGCAGUUUGGCGACGAGAGCGUCAAGUAUUACUUCCUCAUGUCCAAGUGCUGGUUCAAGGCCUUGCUGGUGUGUUGUGGCAUCUUUACCUGCUGUUGCUGCUUUUGCUGCUGCUGCUUCUGCUGCGGCAAGUGCAAGUCUCCCGAGGAGGACGAAAGAGACUUCUAUGUGAACCCAGAAGACCUGGAGGAGGAGAUCAGGGAUCAGGACGAAGCACGAGACUCUGUAAUAGUUAUUCAGCCCAGUUCGUCCGCCACUGCCGACACUUCUGGCAAAGCUGAUGCCAUGUCAGGCGAGGACAUACCCAUCGUGAUUCAGCCUCUCCCCAGUAAUGGCUCUACUUCCUCCACUGCCGCCGUGUACCUGAAACUGGAGCAGUGAAUUGCUGCCCUGAAACUCAGAAGUUUGGAUCCAUCUGGGAGGGGUUUCUAUUUGUACAGUUGUUUUCUAGGGCUUGUCUUUUGGUGCCAUAGGGUCUGUUUUCAGAUCCAGUCAUGUUUUAUUAUGAUAUAUAUAAAGGACGAUGCGAGAA